AUGGACAAUACAGCUCCUGGUGUCGCGACUGAGAACGCCACGCGCGAGAGCGGGAUCGAAAAGGGAAACGAUAUCGGUGUCACGACGCGUACCGCACCUGCUACAGCAGACAACACGACGAUUGGAGAUAAUGCAGACGAUAUUGCACGUCAAAAGUCUCUUGAUACAGACGUAGAGAAACAAGGUCUUAGCGCUGCUGACGACGAGCAAUGGCUCACGGGCAAAAAACUCUUGUUGGCGCAUACGGGUUUCCUCUUAGCUGUAUUCUGUUUCGCACUCGACCAGACUAUUGUCGCGACUGCCCUCCCAAAGUUGGCGUCCGAGUUUCAAGCGCUCGAUCAGCUGACAUGGGUCGUCUCUGCAUAUUUCCUUACCCAAGCCGGCCUGAUGCUCGCGCUCGGCCAAGUUUUGACCAUCUGUCCCUCCAAAUGGGUCUACCUCACCUGCAUCCUCAUAUUCGAAGUCGGGUCCCUCAUCUGUGGUGUCGCACCGAGCAUGAACGUCCUGAUCUUUGGCCGGGCGUUUCAGGGAAUUGGCGCCUCGGGAAUGUUCAUUUCCAUCCUUACCAUCUUUGCACAGAUUGUCAAGCUUGAAACACGCCCUCUUUUGUUUGCAUCUUUUGGUGGUGUAUUUGCUGUUUCCAGCGUGGUUGGGCCCUUGCUCGGAGGUGUCUUUACCGACCAUAGUACUUGGCGCUGGUGCUUCUACAUAAACCUUCCGUUUGGUGCAUUUUCUAUAGCUGCCGUCGUAUUCUUUAUCCCCUCAAAACCACCUCCACCAUCACCUCUCUAUGAAGGCAAGACGACGUUCCAAAAGUGGCUCGCCCUCGACUGGGUUGGAGCCUUCCUCAGCGUCGGCAUGAUCACGGCUCUUCUCUUACCCCUCCAGUGGGGCGGUGUCACAAAGCCAUGGAACGACAGAGUUGUUAUCGCACUCUUUGUCGUUUUUGCCGUCCUUCUCAUCCUCUUUGUCGGCUGGGAGGUGUACAUGGGCAAACGGGCCAUGAUGCCACUCGAGUUGUUCAGAAGACGCACACAAGUCGGUGGAGGUAUUGCAAUGUUCUUCAUUAUGGGCACCUUCCUCGGCGCAACCUACUACCUCCCCUUCUUCUAUCAAGCCAAAGGUCGAUCGCCCAGUCAGAGUGGUAUCAACAUCAUCCCUUUCAUGCUCGCGAUCGUCAUUGCUAGCUUUUUAAGUGGUGGAGCUGUCAACGGGACGGGCCACUAUAAGAGCAUGAUGGUGAUUGGGCCACUCGUGGCCGCUGUCGGUGCGGGGCUGCUCUAUACGAUUGACGAAUUCACGCCGAAUCCAAAGUUGAUCGGAUAUCAGAUCAUAUUUGGCUUUGGAUUGGGUUUGGCAUUCCAGUUACCUGUCAUGGCUAUUCAAGCCGAAUAUGCUGAUCAGCCUGAUCUCAUCCCUCAAGGAUCCUCUCUCCUGACCUUCCUCCAACUCCUCGGUGGCGUCGUGGCAAUUGCCAUUUGCGGCACGAUUGUGAACAAUCAGCUCGUGAAAUUCCUUGCCCAAUACGCGUCAGAUCUCCCACCAGAGGUCGUUCAAGCCGUCAAACAGUCCGUCACCGCCAUCUUCCAGUUGCCUGAAGAGCAGAGGCAAGGCGUAAUCCGAGCAUAUGUCCAAGCACUCGUGUACGUCUUUGUUUUCUGUAUACCUGCGGCUGUGUUGGCAGGAAUCGCGGCGAUGUUUGUCAAGAAUUGGAACGUGAAGCAACGAGGCGCAGAUACCGCCGGCGCGGCUGCCAUGUAG